AUGGCUCUCACCAAAGAGAAACUGAUCGGCGACUACGACUGGGGGGCCCUGUGCCUACCCACGGUUCCCUGGGCCAAGUCCACUCGCAAGAUGCCCUUCUUCGCGAGGAACGACGAGACCCCGUUUCUGGUCGCGGCGGUCAUGGGUCUGCAGCACUGCUUCGCGAUGAUUGGAGGUCUCAUCACCCCUCCCUUCGUCGUCAUGAGGUUCAGCGUCGCCUUCACAGACGUCAAGCUCCAGCAGUACGCCAUCGCGGCGUCUCUCAUCCUCUCCGGCAUCUUCAGUAUCGUCAACUGCCUCCAGUUUAAGAUCCCGGGCACUCCCUAUGUGCUCGGCACCGGCGUGCUCUCCGUCCUUGGCACCUCGUUCACCUUCCUCCCGGUGUUCGAGAACGGCAUCUCGGCGAUGAGGGCCGACGGCACGGACGCCGAGGACGCGUACGGCAAGAUGCUCGGCACCGUCAUGGUGUGCUCUUUCCUCGAGAUCUUCCUCUCCUUCAUCCCCAAGGACAAGCUCAGGAGGAUGUUCCCUCCGAUUGUCACCGGCGUCGCCGUCAUGUGCAUCGGCAUCGGCCUCACCGGCACCGGCAUGAAGUACUGGGGUGGCGGCACCGUGUGCGCCGAAACGUCCUGGAAGAACCACAAUGAGGCUUACGACCUCGUCGGCUUCAAUUCGAUCACCGAAAACGCAACCGGCGUGGAAUGGAAUAAGAUUCCCCCCAUCCCCGCCGGCACCGUCUGCGGCGGCAAAACCUGCUGCGCAGCCGGUGACGUCGCGCUUCCCUUUGGCUCUCCCGAGCUCGUCGGCCUCGGUUUCUCCGUCUUCGUGAUGCUCGUCCUCGUCGAGCUCUUCGGCUCCCCCAUGAUGAAGAACUGCAACGUCAUCAUCGCCCUCCUCUUCGGCUACUUUGUCGCCGGCUUGAGCGAGAAGUGCGUCGGGUCCACCUGCAGGAAGUUUGUCGUCGACACCAACAUCGAGAAUGCCGAAAGCAUCACCUUCCUCUGGGUCAAGAGCUUCAAGCUCGGCUUCUACGGCCCCGCGGUGUUCCCCUUGCUCAUCGCCUUCCUCGUGACCACUCUCGAGACCAUCGGCGACAUCGGCGCCGUUUACGACGCCUCUGAGGAAUCCGUCGAGUCGGAGGAGUUCGACAAGUCCAUCCAGGGUGGCCUUCUUUCCGACGGCGUCUGCUCCUUCCUCGCCGCUCUUGGUACCGGCAUGCCCAACACCACCUUCUCGCAGAACAACGGCGUCAUCGCGCUCACCAAGUGCGCGUCCAGGAGGGCCGGCGUCGCGUGUGGGUGCUGGCUCAUCUUCUUCGGCGUCCUCGCCAAGGUUUCUGGCAUCAUCUCCUCCAUCCCCGACUGCGUCAUCGGCGGCAUGACGACGUUCUUGUUCGUGAACGUGUUCAUCUCCGGCCUCAAGACCGUGGCCCAGGUCGACCUCACCUCCCGCCGCAACCGCAUGAUCCUCGCCAUUUCCCUCGGCGUGGGCAUCGGCGUCGCCAUCGUGCCCGGCAUCUUCGCCGACAUGCGCGCGUCCUACGGCACCUCCCCCUUCUUCCCGUGCCGCGGCCCCUUCAGGACCGAGGACGAUUGCACCGACGCCGAGAGGGGCGUUCGCGACGGCAUCGUCCAGUUCCUCUCCACCCCCUACUGCGUCGGCACCGUCCUCGCGCUCCUCAUGAACGCCAUCCUUCCCCCUGACAUGGAAAUCCUCCGCAAGGAUGCGCCCAUCAGCGAGAACAAGGCUUAAGCGCAAGCACUCGUUCCCUCGAAUAAGUCGCGCGCAGGGCGCGACGGGACUAGAAAAAUAAGGUCGGACUUCAAGGGAGCAGCGCCUUCUUCGGUGCUGGCUCGGGCAGUUGUGGUAACCUGCUGUAACAAAACCUCCCGCACCCGCGAGAGACCACGAAUUUAUUGAAUGUAAUAAUCAUGUCCCAACCAACUUGCAAUC